AUGAUAAUACUUUUCAUAUAUUUCGUAUUAUCUAAACAAUAAAGAGAUGUAGAAUUUGAUAAUAAUAAUUAUUGGACAUCAAUUGAUAGAGUUUCAAAUAAUAAUAUCUAUAGAAUCAAAAGUUUGACCCAACCUUAUUAUUAUGUUUAGGUGAUUUUAUUUCAAGAGGAUUUAUCGUUUUUAUUAACUUAUGAUUUCAAUUAAAAUCCAGAGUAAAAUAAGUCUAGAGGUGAUUAUAUAAAGUAUUACUUGAAUUAAAGAAUUAGUUUUUACGAGAAGAAAAGAACAAGUUUCCUAAAAAUUAAAGCGAAUGGUAAAACAAUAGUCAUAUCAGCAUAUUCUAAUAACAAUUUAGGGAAUUAUAAUAUAACUAUAUGGGGUAGUAAUAAAGAGUAUUGCGAUAAUAAUUGCUCAAAUUAAGGUGAAUGCACAGUAAAAUGUAAAUUCUAUAAAAGAUUGACGGAUGUCUGUGCUAUUCUGGUUAUGUAGGUUCUGAUUGUUAUUAUGCAGCUUAAGAAAUUAAUAUGGGAUAGGAAAAUAUUUCAUUUUAUGGAGAUGAGAUUAAAUUCUUCUAUUUAAGUAUAAAUACAGAAGAAUAGGAUAUUUUUUUAAAUCUAGAGGUAAAUAAUAAAUCCAAAUUAGACUGAUAGUUAUAAUGGAAUUGAAGUUCUAAUGUAAUUAUCUGAAGCGAUAAUUCUUCCCAAUCAAAUUCCAAUUCAUGAUUAAGAUUACCUUUUAAAUUAAUACAUAAUAAAGAUUUCUUAGCCAUUAUAUAUAAGAAUAAAAGAUAAUGUUGUUUUUCAAUUCAAUACACAAGUUCCUCUAAACCUGAUAUUUGUAGCAAGAUAAAUUAAUGGAUUAGUUAGCACUCUAACAAUAAAAUAUGAAGAUUAUAAUAAUAUGGUAAAUGCAGUUUCUAUUAUCGUCAUAAUUAUAAUAGUUGUUGCCAUAUCGGCAACAGUUAUAAUAAUUAUUAUUUUAUUUUUUGUAUGUAAGAGUAUUAGAAAGAGAAAAUUGUUAAGAACUUAAGCAAUUUUAAGAAUGGCUAGACUAGAUGCUUAAGCGCUUAAUUAAAAUGAUUAAUAAUAAAAUUAAUAAAAUCUUUUUGAUCAAUUGAUUCUUGUUUAAUUUAAUGAUUAAAAAAAUUAAGAUAAUUGUGCAAUUUGUUUAGAUAAUUUAAAUAAUGAUUAAGAAGUCAGAUAAACAUAUUGUCAGUAUUAAAUGAUAUAAUAAAUUAGUCAUAAUUUCCAUUCUAUAUGUAUUAAAGAAUGGUUAAUGAAAAAUAAAAAAGAAUGUCCAGUUUGCAGAACAACUUUAACAAAACAAGAUCCUUAGACCAAUAAAAUUGUUAUUAAAUGA